AUGUCUACACACACCGUUGUCAUAAUUGGCGCCUCCUUCGGUGGACUGGCUGUUGCGCACGGUCUCCUGAAGAGUGUCUUCCCGCAAUUGCCAAAUGGGAAGGAGUCGUACAAAGUCGUUCAGAUUGCCCCUAAUGAAGAGUUCUUCUGGAAGAUCGGGGCUCCCAGGGUGAUCGGAAACCCGAACUCGCUGCCCCUCGAGAAAGCCCUGAUCCCAAUCGCCCCCGGCUUCAAAGCGUACUCGCCAGAACAAUACCAAUUCAUCAAGGCAUACGCCACCGCGAUUGAUUCCUCAACCAAGACUGUUCAAACCAGUUCUAACGACGCUAUCCACUAUGACUCCCUUGUCAUUGCGUCCGGCACAACGUUCGCAACUCAUCUGUGGACCAUCACAGACGGCUCCGAGCCCUUGAAGCAAGCCAUCCACGAAAUCCACCAGAAACUACCCGACGCGCAGACCAUUCUGAUCGCCGGUGGUGGCGCGGCCGGCGUCGAGACAGCCGGUGAGCUGGGCGAGGUCUAUGGGAACAAGAAGGAUAUCACACUGCUGUCGGGCUCUACAGGCCUGCUCACGAGACUUCACAACAAGAAGAUGGGUGCCGAGGCGCAACAGAGGCUCGAGAAGAUGGGAGUCAAGGUCAUCCACGACAACCUGCGCGUCACCGAGCACACUACCGAGAAUGGCAAGGAGGUAUUGAAACUGAGCAACGGGGAGACGAAAACAGUCGACGUGUACAUCGAGGCCACUGGCGACAAACCCAACAGCAAAUUCGUGCCGCAGGAGUGGCUCGACGACAAGCAGAGGGUCAAGACGGAUCCUCACACUCUCCGCCUGGAUGUGCCAGGUGUCACUGGCGUCUAUGUCAUUGGCACGGUCGGCAGCUACUCGGACGGUUCUGUCGUUGACGUUAAAUUUGCGACACCAGCCAUCCUGGAAAGUAUCAAGUUAGAUCUGCAGGGCAAAGGUGGUCCGCGAACCAACAAGAUCUACAAGAAAAUCCAAAGCGACAUGCAGUUCGUCCCCAUCGGCUCUCAGGGUGGCGUUGGCAUCGCCUUUGGCUGGAAGCUGCCCAGUUUCCUGGUCAAGAUGGCCAAAGCCAAGGACUUCAUGAUUGGCAACGCCGUUAAGACCGUUGAAGGCACGGCUUAA